AUUUCGCACGUUGUAAAUUGUAGAUACACGUCACGUGAUUCGGCACGUGACUUGUCACGUGACUCGCGUAUAUGCCUCAUAUUACUACAGUAUAUGCGAAUAAAGUUAGCCAUCAGUCGGAGGUUACAGUCGAUCAAUUGAGUCCGUUGCUUUUGAUUAUCGAUCAUUUAUGUAUCUAGGCAUGCCGUCGCGAGACAUACAUACGUACGUACGUGUCUCGCACGCGUGUGCGUUGAACGAGGGUGCAAUUGACAUUGUUAUAACUUUGAUUAUUUCGAAUCGUUACCACUUCACAGAGACAGAGAGGAGUGUAUAAGUACGCAUGACGCGUGGCAUCAUUCUGAGGAUGAUGGGAAACCCGCGGGGACGGUGGAGAGAACGGCACGACUGGAACGACAUCUCCCUGGCUCGAGACGGUGCUCGAUCGUCGCACGCAUCUCGAUCGAGUCCCGCUCCUCCUGUUGCUCCUGGUGAUUCGUCGACGAUGCGCUCGUCGAACAUCGAGAUCCUCCUGGGAUCGAGGCGGCUCGAGAACGUCGCGAGGUUGUCGACGAACGACGACGACGAUGACGAACACGGACAGGCUGAUUAUCCGACGGCGGUCUUCUUAUCGACAUUGGCCUCUCGAUCGUGUCCUGUCAGGUGA